AUGCGUGGUACGUCGGAAGGUGGCAGCAGCAGAAUACAAGUCGCUGAAACGUACUAUUCGUUAUAUGUGUCCCGGGUGAAGAAAAGCGUCUGUGAAGCUGAUAUUGUGGACCAUAUUACUAACAAGGGUGAAACGUCUCUUAAAAGGUCUAUUGAACAAGUACGAAUGUUAUGUGAAUACACUGAUAUUAUUGCAUUGCAGGAGACUUGGCUCCUCCCACAUGACCUAGAUUUUGUAAGUAGUAUAAGUGAUAAUUUUGCUAGUUGCGCGAAGUCGUCCGUAGAUACGACUUUGGGUGUCUUGCGCGGUCGCCCAUAUGGAGGUCUGGCUAUUCUGUGGAGGAGGUCAGUUUUUAAAGAUGUGAAAAUUAUCGACUGCUCCACAGACAGACUAGCUGCCGUUCGCAUUAAUUGCGCGGGAAAACAAUUUCUUGUCAUGAACGUCUACAUGCCAACGAAUAAGGAAGAGAAUCUGAUCGAUUUUACGACAUGUCUUGCGCAGAUUACGGCUAUUAUUGACGAGUGCGAUACCGAAGCGGUAUAUGUGUUGGGGGAUUUUAAUGCUGACCCGCAACAGCUGUUCGGGCGGGAAUUGACAAAUUUCUGCAAUGACAAUCAGCUUCACUGCAUCGAUCAGGACUUAUUAGGUUGUGACUCAGGCACGUAUACUUAUAUUAGUGAUGCCUACGGAACCCGAUCAUGGCUCGAUCAUUGCGUUGUGACUACGGCGGCGCGUGACUCUGUUCUCUCGGCCAAAGUCGAAUAUGGGGUGUAUUGGUCGGAUCAUAUGCCGCUAAGUAUUGUCUGUGAUAUCUCUGUGAUAGUAAUUAAGGACUGUUUAGUUAAUAACUAUAUGCUAAGUGAAUUUAAUCAAGUGACGUGGGGAACCCGUACGACAGAGCAGAUUGAAUUGUAUAGUCGGUUAUGUGAUCGUAAUUUAACUAACUUGAAAUAUAUAUCGCCUGUUUGUAUUCAGUGUGACAAUCGAAUAUGUGCGAAUCAUUUAUAUUUGAUAGAUAAGUUUUAUGAUGAUAUUGUUAAAAUAUUAAGAGAUGCAGCUAUUGAUAGUGCGGUAUGCUGUCGGCGCAUGCACAAAAAGCCUAUUUUGGGUUGGAACCACUACGUCAAAAAUAGUUUCAGAAACGCACGAAAUAAUUUUGCAAAGUGGGUGCUUGCAGGAAAGCCAGUACAGGGUAAAUGGUAUGAUAAUAUGAAAUCGAGCAAAAGGACUUUCAAAAAUAAGUUAAAAUGGUGUCAAAAUCAUGAAGAAGAAAUCAAAAUGAAUGUGCUGGCUAUGCACAAGUAUAACAAAAAUUUUGUUAAGUUUUGGAAUUCGACUAAAAAAAUUAAUGGUGUUACUAAAUUGCCUACAAAUAUAAAUAAUGAAGAAGACCCCUUAUUGAUCGCGAACACCUUUGCGAGUCACUUUCGUGUCUCGCCUUUACCUAUACCCUCACCCGCUAUUAAAAUUGAUGGGAGCAGAGUUUGUGUAGGAGAUGAUGAUCGUCUAAUAUCUCCGGAGACUAUAGCCUUAAUUAUAAAACAAAUGUCGCGCGGCAAGUCUCCGGGCUUUGACGGCUUAAGCCUUGAGCACAUAUUGUUUGCGGGGAAGGAAAUCUUUUCGAAAUUAAGGCUGGAAGAGGUCCGGACCAUGUGCCCAAGGUAUAUUUAA